AGCUUCUCAAUUUUAAAGUUAUAUGGUUGCGUAUGUCCAAUUACACUCCAGCAUAACUUAAUGGCAGAUAUCCAACAGUACAGGAAGACAGUUUGAACGUUUUAUCAAAACUGAGUAAGAGAAAUGACAGAAUACUUUCAAACCAGUUUCCCUUACUAAAUUUAAUAUUACUAAAAAACUGUAUAUCUGUUGUCUACAGUCAAAAUAGUACAGCUAUACCAUUAAAUAACAUUAACAAUAACACUUUCUUAAUUAUCAAAUUGCUUGUGGUUUUUAUUAUUAACGUCUCUUGACAGACAUAUGUAUUCAACAUGAAAAGGCUGUCUUCAUGGACGUGGCUUACUCUUAUUGACUGCGUACAUACAGUAUAUUGCCCUUUCCUGGCUUUGCUCAAAUUUUUGCAUAUUAUCAAACUUUGCCCAUAAGACACACACUGCUCAGAUGAGGAAGAGAGCCAGAGUACAUUGUUGUCACUUUGCUUCCAUUGUGUCAGCAGGGCGGCGUACUCCUGGGGCUGUGCAGAUUAGACUCAAUGCCUCCAGCAAGCCCUGCAGUCCUGAUCCAUCAUACCAGUCAUAUCAGACAUAGCAAGAUGGGAAAUACCAACACUGCAUGCCAGAUGCACAACUACAGCAAAAGGAACGUCCGCGUGUUCGUCACAGACAAAACUCAGGAGAUCGAUGCCUUCAUCACCUCUGUGUCUGGGAGCAAAGAUAAGAUCUUGUCUGUGCUUCCUGGCGGCAAGAAGUUCAGCUUCAGGAAAGACAUCAAAUGCAUCCGUGUGCUGGCCUCUCAGAAGCAGGAAGUGCCGUGGGAAGCUGACCACUUUGUGACCAUCUUUGUGGAGGAUGAAGAUGAUGAAAACAUUUGCUCCAAGCAAAUCAUACACAACAUGCCACUGACUGCUCCAGUCACUGUGCUGCUCUAUGAUGUGUAGAAUAACACCUUUGUCUUGCCAUUUAUUAUUCUCUGCACAUAUACAGGCAAAAGAUAAAGUGGAAUAUUACAUUAUUUCAUUGUUAAAAGCAAGUCUGUCUUGUUUCAAAUGAUAGAAUUUUACCGCUGUUGACAUAACGUAUCUCUCAUGAUGCCUGCAAUAAAAUUGUCCCGCGGCUUCACGCUCCUCCUGACUUUGCAUUUGUCAUUACAGAGUAAAAUGAGAUUACACGUUCAUUUGGCAUCGCUCUCCAUGCAUGACUGGCCCUCUGUGAUCAUCUGCUUUAGUCCAGAUCUCAGGACUGUCACUAAAACUGUGGAGCCCUUUAUUCAUACCUCGAGGUCUGUGCUAAAUUAGAUGACACGGCGAGGGGUCCCUGUCACCCACAUGGUCAUUUUGAAAUAGAAAAGAAAUCUUCAUAACACCUUCGCCUGUGACUCAGUCAGAGAGUUCAUAUGCAAAAUAAUAAUAAUAAUAAUAAUAAUAAAUGCUUGCAGAAUGUUAUGGAUCAGCUUACACAGAAUAUUUUUGUUUACUACUCAUCUAUGAAUCAUUGUCAAGUUGAAUUUCCAACAUAUAGUCAAGAAUCUGUAGCUUACUGUGACUUUAAUGUGAGGUUGUUUGUCAUAAAUCUGAAAUCCAGAGUCCAUGGCAAAUCAACAUGACCAUGCAAAAAGUGAAUUAUGUUAUGAAACCUGUAAUCUGUUGGGAUUUUGUAAUCAUGACUAAUGGCUAAUACAGUAAACUGAGCAGGAUACUGCAGGGAAAAUUGUUUCUUUGUCCCAUCCUUGUGGACCAUCCCUCCUUUGACCACCAGACUCAUUUAACUUCAGAGACAAUUCCUGGUGGAUGCAAUGUCAGCUAUGCUCAUCUGUAAAUGAAUAGACGUGUGAUAGAGAGCAGGACAACAGGAAAUUUAGUGUUACAGUUACCAUUUGGUGCCAUUGAGCAAAGAGGCAGGAUUCACGUGAAGGAGAGAAGCACUCGCCCGAGAUAUGCAGCCGUCAGUGUUUUUCUACAUCACCUACACACUGUGUCUGUGUUUGGGCCUGCUCUGUGUGCUGUUUGUGAGUUACUGGAGCUCACAAUGGCGGGGCGGUUUCUCCUGGGAUGGUUCUGCCCUGCAGUUCAACUGGCACCCUGUGCUCAUGGUGUCUGGGCUGGUGGUUCUGUACGGCAUUGCACUUGUUGUGUAUCGUGUACCGUCCACCUGGAAGCAGAAGAAGCACCCCUGGAAGCUGGUGCACGCUGGACUGAUGCUUCUGGCCUUGCUUCUGUCCAUCCUUGGCCUGUGUGCUGUGUUUGACUUCCACAAACACUUCAACCUCCCUGACCUGUACUCUCUGCACAGCUGGGUGGGCAUCUGUACUGUAGCAAUGUUUGCUUUUCAGUGGAUCCUUGGCCUGGCUGGUUUCUUGGUUCCUUGUUCUCCACUGUGGUUCCGCAACACCCUGAAACCCGUUCAUAUCUGGUUGGGAAAAGCAAUCUUGAUCCUCAGUUUGAUCUCCUGCAUCAGUGGUAUCAAUGAAAAACUGCUGUUUGUGCUUAAUGGAAGCAGUGCGGAGCCUUACAACUCACUGCCUGCGGAAGCCAAAUUUGCGAAUUCCCUUGGCAUCCUCAUUGUGGCCUUUGGAUUGGUCGUCUUUGGAAUCUUAUCCAAAAACAAAUGGCAGAGGCCCGAAACAGAAGGUGAAAGUGUUCAUCUUCUGCUAACUGAAGAAACCUCAUGAACAACAAUGGAUGCGCUUAAUGUGCCAAAGACAGCCAAUAAUAUGCAGGUUUCGAUUCAAACCAAAUGAAAUCUGUAUUGAAUUUCACUGAUUGACGUUAACAAAGAAUAAGACAAAAAUGUUUUUGUUUUUUUAAACAAACUGAUGGCUUGUCAUGUUUUCUUUUCCUGUCAUUCUAAUUAAAUGCUUGUAUUUACCAGUAUGUUUGAAAUUCCUGUAGUUUAUAGUAUAGCAGAUGUUUUUUUUUUUUAUACAUUUCUUAGAUGAUUUGCUCUUUAAAGUUGCUGGUUUAUAAAGACUACUGUAUGUUAAGGUAGCAUUUAAUGAACCCAAUUUUCUUUUCAUACACAGAGUUAAAUUAUUUCAAUAAAUGAUACAUGUUUGUAUCAGUUCUGCCUGUUGGCAUUAUCCCAUGUGACACUAUCACUCACCUGCUGUAUGGUUUGGUUACUGAAACAAUUUAAAAGACCUCUGAGAUUCUGCAGCUCAUUCAACAAAACACAGAAUAUCAGCACAAAACAAAUAAUUAUGAAACCAUAAAAGCUAUGAAACUACCAAAAGGCCUACUACUUGAUCUACACCACCAUAG